CUUAUAGUGUCACAGUACAAAUAGACGACUUCGAGAGUUUUCCGUCUCUUUUACCUCCGAGCUUCAGUGGCUGCUUUGCCCUUCCUCGCUCUCUGCUCUGGUCUUUCCAUUUUCCUCCCUCGAUUUCGAGGGAUUUUUUCUUUCUUGAUUAAUUUCUGUUGUACAAGUUUCGUCUCCUUUCUUUUUUUUCUAUUCCCUUCCGAAUCUUUCCAUCUUCACUGCGCCAUAAACCCUAACCCUUAGUUGGUCAGUUCCGAUCGGAGUAGCUUGUGUCGACUCUACUUGAGGAGUUCUAGGCCGGAAAGAAUGCAGCAGCAGCGGCUUAAGCAGCAGGCUUUGAUGCAGCAGGCCCUCCUACAGCAGCAGCAGUCCCUCUACCCUCAUCCGGGACUGUUAGCUCAUCCCCAGAUAGAGCCGAUUCCAAGUGGAAAUCUUCCUCCUGGAUUUGAUUCAAGUACAUGCCGCAGUGUCUAUGUUGGAAAUAUUCAUAGUCAAGUUACCGAAGCACUUCUUCAAGAGGUUUUCCAAAGUACUGGUCCUGUUGAGGGAUGCAAGCUUAUCAGGAAGGAAAAGUCCUCUUAUGGGUUUGUUGAUUACUUUGAUCGUCGCUCAGCUGCGCUUGCUAUACUUACCCUAAAUGGAAGGCAUUUAUUCAGUCAACCAAUAAAAGUUAAUUGGGCAUAUGCCAGUACUCAGAGAGAAGACACUUCAGGUCAUUUCAAUAUUUUUGUUGGUGAUCUUAGUCCUGAGGUUACUGAUGCUGCAUUGUUUGCCUGCUUUUCUGUGUAUCCCAGCAUCUCUGAUGCAAGGGUUAUGUGGGAUCAAAAAACUGGUCGUUCAAGGGGAUUUGGCUUUGUUUCUUUUAGGAAUCAACAGGAUGCACAAAGCGCGAUCAAUGAUUUAACUGGUAAAUGGUUGAGCAACAGGCAAAUUCGAUGCAAUUGGGCUACAAAGGGUGCUGGUACUAGUGAAGACAAACAAUUCUCGGAUUCCAAGAGUGGAGUGGAGUUAACAAAUGGUUCAACUGUAGACGAUGGUAUUGAUAGCGCAAAAGAUGAUGCUCCAGAGAACAAUCCACAGUACACAACAGUUUAUGUUGGAAACCUUGCUCCAGAGGUUACCCAAGUUGAUCUCCAUAGGCUCUUUCAUGCCCUUGGUGCUGGGCAGAUUGAGGAAGUUCGCAUUCAACGUGAGAAGGGCUUUGGUUUCGUUAGGUACAGUAGUCACUCUGAAGCUGCUCUUGCUAUCCAAGUGUCUAAUGGUCGGAUUCUUGGUGGAAAGCCAAUAAAGUGUUCGUGGGGAAGUAAGCCCACGCCACCUGGAAUAGCCUCCAAACCUUUGCCACCUCCUGCUGCUGUCUCCUUUCCGACACUUUCGGCUGCGGACUUUCUGUCAUACGAGCGGGCAUUGGCACUUAGUAAGAUGGGAGUUGGCCAGGCGCUAUUGCCCGGCCAAGGAAACCCGGUCCUGAAGCAGGCAGGUCUUCCAUUAGGUGCUGGAGCUAGCCAGGCUAUUUAUGAUGCUGGGUUUCAGAAUAUGGGUCCUGCUCAGGGUCAGCAUUUCUACUGAUAAAACCAUUUGAAUUAACAUCGUUCUGUUGCCUGUGCUACAGUUCCUUUGCAGCUCCUGUAUUGGUAGCCUGUUUUUUGCCUUUUUUUUUUUUCCAUACCUUAAUAUUGUAGUUCUCAGUUGCAUCACCUCUGUUUUUUAUGGUUUUAUGGAUUGAUUUUUAUAUAUGUGAUAUGUAUUUGGUGAUUUUAGCUUGUUAUAAAUUUAUGGGAAGCCCAAUGCUAUCAAGGGGAGUUUCUUGUUUUGUGUAAUGCUUAUGCCAUGAAGAUGAUAUAUGCAUUAUUAUUACUAUUUUUAACAUUA